UUCAGUCAAAGUAUUCAGUCACAUCAAACGGAUAGAUUUGGAUAAACAGUAUAUUCUCAAAUCAUCUGAGGCACGCUUGAAUCAGUAGCUUCAAAAGUACUUCUAUAAUAUCCAAAUUACUAUACGACUUGCAGACACCAUGUUUCGCACACUGCCCAUUGAGACCGCCAAGAAAGAGGAUUUGGCCAAGGAUGAAGUCCGCGCCAAUCUGGUGGUUUUCGUAAUGACCUGUGCUCUGAUCCGAUUUAUACCGAUUAUCGCAAGAAAGAUAGCUUCCUAGAGGUAUCGCAUUCAGCAUCAUCCUCUUGUAUAUGUGAAAGAAAAAAAUAUAGAAAUUAAUCCUGGUCUAGAUAGAAAUUUCUAGAUAAAUAUAACAAGAAGCCAUAAGA